AUAGGGGAGAACUGACACUUAAGAGAAUGCAGUUAUGCUAUUUCAAGCCAAUUUAUUGAGGACUGCACAGGAUUCCUCCUUGCUGUGCUAACUGCAAGGAUUUAUGUGGAGCUAGUGCACAGGAUUCUACUUGCAUAAGCAUCUUCAAAAUGAUCUUUAAAAAGCUCCAAAGGAUAAACCCAAAAGAAAAUAUUGUGAAAGCCUCACCUGCGCUGGGUGACCCUGCCUGAGCACGAGGGUUGGACCAGAUGGCCUCCAGAGGUCCCUUCCAACCCCAACUGUUCUGUGAUGCUGUGAGAUGUAGAUCAGCUGCAAUUGUGUAUUGUCUUCCUUGCUCUUUCUGUGAGACUGUAAGAUCACAAGAGUGGACCAAAUACAGGAAAAAUAGUACCUUAAAAGAGCAGCAUCCUGCUGAGCUUUACAGCCUUACUUUAUGCCUGGUGGUACGCUGUAGCACAUGGGUCCUUCAACUCUCACCAAAGAGCCUUCACGUUCUAUACUGAUUUCCUUCACGAGGUCAUCUUCUGCAGAGAUAGACUUGAACGUUUGUGGGCCUAGUCUUACAUAAUUGAUCUCAUCAUCAACCAGUUUCAGUUAGAAGACCAGACCUUGAACCAAAGACCAAGAUGGUAACUCACAACGAUGACAACAAAAAAAGUACAGCAUGUGGAAUCCGACAAAUAACAUCCAUUUUCUUUAAAAAUAAUUAAAUAAAUAAAAAUGCCAGAAACAAAUGAAUGGGUAACAGAUUUCAUCUGUUUCAUAAUACAUGUCAGUGGUGUGUUAGGAACCUCACAUAUCAAUCUGUUGGCUUGAUAAUGAGAGUGUCAAUAAAAGCCAUGAAGGGAAAUAGUUCAAGCUAAGCUAUCCUCUUUAGCAUAAAAUUAGAGCUAUCCUCCUCUGUACAAAUACAAAAAGGGCAGAGAAUGCUAUCAGAUGAGCCCUCUGGGUGGUCUCUGGCUACCAGUUAGAUGGAGGACUCCUGCUGUUACUUCCACUUUAAUCUUUCUGCCUUCAGGGAAGGCAUAAGGAGUCCUUGCCACUAACUAAAUGGCCAAUUAAAAACAAAUCUCAACACAUGUACACCCAUAGUAUGGGUGAUCAGAAGGGGGAGAAGAUCAGAAUACCUGUCUGCGAUCAAUCUGUUUCUUGUAUCUGAACUAUUCCUGGAACACCAGAUAGCCUUUUAAGGGUAGUUAGAAAAUAGUUGGGGAGGCUGAGGAUGAGCCCACACUGCAUGGCCUAAUUUUCCCAUGUUCAACAGGAUCAUCUAUGAAAUCUUAAACUGGUAUCCCUGUGCAGAUUAUGAGUAAAUGCUAGCAUUUCUACCAAUAGUAGCAUUUGCUGAUAUAAAAAAAUACUGCAGAAAAGAGAUGACAGCCCUUACUAGAGGAUGCAGAAAGUUAGCUUUGGUUCUCUGAAGUCAGAAACUCGUAGCUCUGAGCUAAACUUCAGUAAAUGGUGUCUUUAUUAAACAGCUUGACUUUUCUUUCAAAAUCCCCUUUGAUUGUUGUAUAUAAUUAGAGUACAUGAUUUGUUUUGAUUUAUUCAUCACUAAGUGGCAACUAAACAUCAAAAUACCAUCAGUAAUCCAGGAGCUUGAUAAUCAGUCAUAAUAAACUUGUGUCAUUUUACAGUUUCUCUCAAGUUCUGUUUCUCUUGACUUCUGCAGGUGUAUCUGCAAAAUGUGAUGUAGAGGAAAUCAAAUUGAAACACAAGUGAGAUGUAACAUUUCAAGAUGUUCUAAAUCAACACUCCUUUUGAGCAAAUCUCAUUAUCUGUUAGUACUUAACCUGCAAAAAUCUGCUGAAGGAAUUAUGUUCAUUGAUUCCAGAUUUUUGACAACGCCAGGAACAGCGUUUGAGAUGUCUGCACUCGAGAAGAUCGAGGAGCAGCUCGCCCGGCUGCGCAUAGCGAAGCGUUCGGUGCUGAGGGAGGAGCCCGCCUACUUACUGGACAUCGACGUUUCCCGCUCUGCCCCAUCCGAGAGCGGUCGCUGCGUGGCAGUUUCGUGUUCCAACCAGUCCAUUAGGCUGUAUAACAGGGAAACAUUAAACUUCCUGCGGGAGUACAGUAGCCGUCCUGGGAUGCUUAAUGGAGUCAGGUUUGCGCACACGUGUGACAGCCUGGUGUUCUCUGCGUGCAGCGAUGGCACAAUAAAAUGUUGGGAUAUUCGUUUAGCGGCUCAGAAGGCUGUGCAGAUAUUUAGUGGCUAUCCUUCCAACGUCUUUAUCAGUUUUGAUAUCAAUUGCAAUGAUCUCAUAAUUUGUGCUGGAACAGAAAAGGUUGAAAAGGAUACGUUUCUGGUGUUUUGGGAUGCAAGAGGCAACACGGACUGUGCCGGCACGACUAGGGAACCCUUGGGAGUCUAUUCUGAAAGUCACAAUGAUGAUGUCACCAAAAUCUGUUUUCAUCCUGUCAAACCCAGUUGGGUAGUUUCUGGGUCAACUGAUGGCUUGGUUAAUGUGUUUGACAUCGACAAGGACAAUGAAGACGAUGCUUUGAUAUCAACCUGCAAUUCGGAUUCAUCGAUAAGUUUUAUUGGCUGGUCCGGGAAGGGUUACGAGCAGAUCUACUGCAUGACACACGACGAGGGAUUUUGUUGGUGGGACCUUGCUCAGUUAGAUACUGAAGAGCCCAUAACUCUGCUGCGCAUUCAGGACGCCAGAGACACGGUCUGUAUUGAGAACGACAGCUUGAAUUACCUGGUUGGCGGUGCGUACCACGAAAAGGCAGACAGACUCUUUCUUAUUGGAGGAACAUCAACAGGAAAAAUUCACCUACUGAGCUGCGGUGCUGAUGGGCUGAGCCUGGUGGGCACCCUCGGUGGAGGACACUCGGCCACUGUUCGCUCUUUCUGCUGGAACCUGGCAGAUGAGUCACUGCUGACGGGCGGGGAGGAUGCUCAGCUGCUGCUCUGGAGGCCCGGAGCUGUGGAAAAGUCCCUCACAAAGAAAGAGACUCUGAAGAUCGCUUCCUCUGUGCAGAAGAGAGUCAGGGUUCACAACAGCUCCUUCAAGAACAGGAAAAAGUGAAAUUCUGAAAAUAGGAGCCUGCUCCGUGGAGUUCUUCCAUUUGUUUAGUCUCCUGGGCAAUAUGUGGCCGUUGCUUUAUUCGGAGGUGCUCUGUGGAAAGAACCACGAUGCUGAAUUCUGCUUGGGAAUGUACAUCCAUCAUCAGAUGAAUGCCCCUUUUUUUUUUUUUUUUUUUUUUUUUUUAAAAAAAGUUCCUAAUAUUAAUCUGAAAAGAGUAAAUGUUUGCUCUUUAGUUCUUGAACAAUAGAUCUUAAAUCAUUUUAUAUAAAAAGAUUUUUUUAUGGUUGUUUAAUGUCUCAGCCAACAUAUUUAAUGUGUAAUAUAGGCCUGUGGCUUGCAUAAUUUGUUACUUUCCCGGUGAAAUUCCCUGGCAUGUUUUAAAAGCUUUUGUAUCUCAAGCUGUGUUUUUCUUCCUUUACAGAGAACUUAAUGAAAUUGCUCAACAUAUUAAAAGAUUUUAUGUCACUUCUGAA